AUGGACACAAUGUUUGUUGAAGAUUUGAAAAUCAUUGAAAAGCGAAGAGAGGAGGCUCGUGAAAAAUAUAGACAACAACGUUUUGAAUUGUUUAAACAAGGAAUUAUUGCUAGAGCCGGUCACUCUCCUGAUGCUUAUACAAAACCUAAUGAAGAAGAAAUUGCUGCAUUAGAAAUUCCCAGUCUAACAAUAAUUUUAAGAUGUGAUGUUGAUGGAGCUCUUGAGGCGCUUAAAAAUGUUUUAUCAACAUAUAAUGCAAAAGACCAAGUUCGCCUUAAAAUUGCAAAUGCUGGUGUAGGACCUUUAACUGAAAAAGAUUUGGAAUUGGCAGCGGAUAUCGGAGCUUAUGCCCUUUCAUUUAAUGCACCAAUUCAUCAAUAUAUCAAAGAUUUGGCUAAACGUAAAGGAGUGCCUUUAGAAGAAUUUCAUGUUAUUUACAAAUUUGUGGAUAGAUUAAAGGAACUAUUAACACAAAAAAUUACUCCAAUACUUGAACGUCGCUUAGUUGGUGCUGGAACAGUUAUACGUGCUUAUAAACUUAAGGAUGGACAAAAAAAGAAGCAACCUGUAGCUGGAAUAAAAGUUGAUUGGGGAAAAAUGGAUAGGAAAUUUAUCUGGCGUUUUGUAAGAAGUGGAAAUGCAAGUUUAGAAGAAGAGAACAUAACAUUAUAUGAGGGGACUAUAAAUUCUAUGGAAUGCGAAGGACAAGCAAUAAAUCAAGCAACUACAGAUAUGCAAAUAGGUGUCGCAAUAGCUGACAAAAAUGUAUCUUACAAGGAGGAUGAUCGAGUAGAAGUAUUUGAAGAUGUUCAAGUCCCUCAACAAAUUGAUUGGAACCCUCCUGGAUUUUGAAAGAAAAUGUCUCAGUUUUGUUAAGUUUGAAUUUUUUUGAAUUUAUGUUUUUCAUUUGUUUUGUGUUAACUUUAUUUUUCGGCAAAUGGGGUGGGCUAAAUAGAGAGA